AAUUUGACAUCUUACCGCGUUCAUUCGUGGAAUCAUGAUGUUGUUCCCGACUACUUGCGUACAAAGUUGAAUCCUGAAAUGGAAUCCGAAGAGAUGAUCCUGGAACAAGAUAAGAACCAAAAGGGGCAAGAUGUGAUUAACAAACAAAUUACACAUCUGAAUAAGUAUGUCGAUCUUUUACUGCAAAGUCUUCACUCUUCCGAUCGCGCCCACAACGAGAAUUUUGCUGAAAAGCCUACCUUCAACAAAGAGGAAACGGUGCGUCUUGUACGGGCAACCAUGGUAGGCGAAGGUCUCAAAAUCAGUAUGGGCCGUGCGGCGGCAGCAACGUCAUCUACUCACACUACUACACAACUACCUCGACCAUCCGGAGCGCAGCCGACGUCACGACCUUGA